AUGGGGAGUAUUUUCAAAAGUCUUUCUGUUAUAAGAAAUCCAAUAAAAAGCUUUGUUGGCUUUAUUGAAGCAAACAUUUCAAUCUUAAGACAUUGUUCAAAACAACGUUUGAUCACAGAAGGCCAAGUUCUCCAUGGCCAUUUGUACAAAAUUGGCAUUUCAUCACAUAGACAUGUUGCAGUCAAAUUACUCAUCAUGUAUCUAGAUUUCAGAAGAUCAUCUGAAGUUGAUCAAUUACUUAAAGACUAUGAAGGGUUUGAUAUGAUUGUUCACAAUUGUUUGAUAUCUGCAAAUGUCGAUUGGGGGAACAUAGAUGAAGCCCGCAAGCUGUUUGAUGAAAUGCCUGAAAGAAACGAGGUUUCUUGGACUGCUUUAAUUUCUGGGUAUUUAAAAUAUGGUAGAGUGGAUGAAUCCAUGUGGUUAUUUCAAAGAAACCCUUUUCAGAAUGUAAUUUCUUGGACAGCUGCAAUUAGUGGGGUGUUGUCAAAUGGAAUGCAUUCAAAAUCAAUAGAACUCUUCUUGGAAAUGUUAAGAUCCGGGGUAAACCCUAAUAAUGUCACAUUCGUUUCUAUCAUAAGAGCUUCUACUGAAAUGGGGAACUUUUCAUUAGGAAUGACCCUUUUGAGUUUAGCUAUUAAACUUGGAUAUGAAGAUGAUGUGUCCGUUUGUAAUUCUUUAAUAACAUUCAGUUUAAGAUUAGGAAAAAUGGAAAUGGCUCGUGGAGUCUUUGAAAGAAUGAGGAAAAGAGAUGUGAUUUCUUGGACAGCAAUCUUGGAUAUGUAUGUUCAAAUGGGAGAUUUGGAAGAAGCUCGGAAGGUGUUUGAUGAAAUGCCUGAAAGAAAUGAAGUUUCUUGGAGUGCUAUGAUCUCAAGAUACGCCCAAAAAGGUUAUGCAAAAGAAGCAAUCAAACUAUUUCGCCAAAUGAUUGAAAAUGAUAUUGCCCCAAAUUCCUCUUGUCUUUCUAGUGCUAUUAAUGCUUUAGCUAACCUUAAGGCAUUACAUUCAGGCAAAAACAUUCAUGCCCAUGUCAUGAAACUAGGAAUGUCAAACGAUGUUUUUGUUAGUAGUUCACUAGUUGACUUAUAUGGUUCAUGUGGAAACACUGAAGAUGGGCGUCCAGUGUUUGACAAUAUCAAGAACAAGAAUGUUGUUUGUUGGAACAGUAUGAUUAGUGCCUAUACCUCAAAUGGAAAUCUCGAAGAAGCUAAAAAGUUAUUUGAUCAAAUACCCAUGAAAAAUAUCGGAUCAUGGAAUUCAAUGGUGUCAGGAUUCUUAGGAAACGAAGAAUAUGAUAAAGUUUUAGAAGUUUUCAAUGAUAUGCUACUUUUAGGUCAAACACCCGAUGUCUCCACCAUUUCUAGUGUCUUAUGUGCUUGUGCAAACUUAACCUCAUUAAACAAAGGAAAAAAUCUCCAUGGAAAGGCCUUAAAACUCGGGUUUCAACAUGAUGUAUUCGUGAACACUGCUCUUGUUGACAUGUAUGCAAAAUCGGGAGAUAUCGAAAACUCUAAGAGAGUUUUCAACAAAAUGCAUGAAAAGAAUGAAGUUUCUUGGACUGCUAUGAUUCAAGGGUUAGCAGAGAACGGUUUUGGAGAAGAGAGUCUUGAAGUGUUUGAAAAAAUGGAGAAGAUGAGUUCCAUUAAGCCAAAUGAGCUUGUUUUGUUAUCAAUCUUGUUUGCUUGUUCUCAUUGUGGACUUGUGAACAAGGGUCUUUACUACUUCAACUCAAUGGAGAAAUUAUAUAUGAUCAUACCUAAUGAGAGACAUUACACGUGUGUCGUGGAUAUGUUGUCUAGAUCAGGGAGAGUGAAAGAGGCGGAGGAUUUGAUCAUGUCAAUGCCAUGUGAAGCAGAGGUGAGUGCAUGGGGUGCUUUGUUGAGUGGGUGUAAAACAUAUGGUGAAGAUAAGAUAGCAGAGAGAGUGGGAUUAAAGAUUCAAGAAAUGGUGGAACAGAAGUCAUGUGGGUAUGUGUUGUUAUCGAAUGUUUAUGCUUCAAGUGGGAGGUGGAGUGAAGUUAUGAAAACUAGGAAUUUGAUGAAGGAGAGAGGGUUGAAGAAGAGUGGAGGGUGUAGUUGGAUUGAAGUGAGGAAUGAGUUGCAUUUGUUUUAUUCACAAGAUGGAACUCACAUGGAUUUGAAUGAUAUCUAUGUAAUCUUGGAAUUGUUGAAGUUUGAUAUGUUGAUUCUUGAACAUUGA